AGGCUAAGGCAGAGAUUGGUCUGACUUCACACAGAAAGGUUUAAACACAAUGAAAUACACUCUGGCUCUUGUGCUGAUGGCUGCUAUGGUGGCUUGCGUCCUGGCAAGUCGCUAUGGUUAUGGAGGCGGCUAUGGAGGUGGUUAUGGAGGUUAUGGUGGCUACGGAGGUGGCUAUGGAGGUGGUUAUUAUGGCGGCUAUGGUGGCUAUGGGAGAGGUUAUGGAGGAGGCUAUGGUGGCUACGGAGGAGGCUAUGGUGGCUACGGAGGAGGAUAUGGUGGCUAUGGAUACGGAAAGUAAUUCCUUUCUGAUGACAUAAUGAAUAAAUGUUAGAGAUAUAGUUAUAUAGUAUAUGAUAUACAUGAUAUAAUGUACACUUUGACUAUAUUUAUUAACUCGAAAAUUAAAGCAACUGCCUCGUUCAAAAGAACUGACUGAGAACUGUUGUCGACUCGAUAUGAUAUAAUUACACCAUAAACGACUUUGGAAUCGCCUCCAUUCAACUCUUUUGGUCCGUUUAGAUCAGCACAAUUCAGUUGCAGUCGAGUUGAUUUUUAUACUCCUCUAUCCUCUAUCUUGCUUGUUUGUCGAUAAUAAAUGAGGAAAUUAUAAUGUG